AUGAAAGAUACAAUUUUGAAUGGUGCAGAAAUAGAAAAACCCACUGCAGUAGUAUACUACCAAAAUAUUAUAAAUAAAAACAAACUUGUGAAUCUCAACCCAACCUUAAUAAAAAAUAAGGUGAGAAAUCUAAAGGAACAGUAUAACAAGGCUGUUACAUGGUUGAAUGGGACCGGAAUGGGAUUGAUCAAUGAUAAAGAUGGAAAAACUGUUGAAGAAUACAUUCAUAAAAUUUGUCCAUUUUGGGAUUUAUUGGAUGAAAUUUACAAUCAGAAUGUGGGUAUACAUCUUCCACCAAUAUUGGACAGUCUUGAUGAUGGUGAAACACAUUCAAUCCAACAAGAGGCUUCUGCAGAGGAACCUGUAGACGAACUUGAACUACUUCAAGAGGAAUCUGAGGAGGUAGCAGAUGUUGAAGAGAUAAUUUUAGUGGAGGAAAGGAAUGAAAAUGUGGCAUUACCAGCAGAAGAUAUUUGUCUUAAUGGAUUUAAAAGAAAACUGAAUCAAAAUGAUAAGUGGAAACCAAAGAAACAAACAAAAACAACUUUGGAGUCACUGAAUGACCUUAAUAAAAUCAGAAGUGACAUUCAAAACUCAAAAUUAGAGGUAGAGAAGGAAAAAUUAGAGUUUCAGAAACACCAAUGGAAUCAACAGCUUGAACUAGAACGUGAAAAAAUUGCUUCUGCAGAAAAAUUGGAAAUAAUGAGAAUUGAAAAAGAGGAGAGAAUAGCUAAAUUUGAGAUUGAAUGUAAAUUUAGGUAUCAAACUAAGUAA